UCUCGCCCUUUAAAUCUAAAAUGGCGAUUGGCUAAAUGAGUUGGGGGUUUUAAAAUAAUCCUGAAUCAUAUUAUAGUUACUUUAUUGUUGUUUCGUGAUAAAAAGGAUCAAUAAUAAUGAUGCGUCUUCUAUUAAAAAAAUUAAUUAAUUCUUUUUGAAAGGAAAUAUAAGCAUAUUUUACAUAGUGAAUGUUAUUCUGUUUAGAUGAAGUUUGACUAGCUUUGGACGCGUUAUUGCACCGGCGUAAAGUUGCAGAUAUAUAUUGCAUCUGUAAAGAAGUACACUCAUAUGGAUUGAACUGUGAUUUUAUUCUAAACUAAUCUUGAAGAAUCUACUAAAUAUGGACUCUGUUAGCGAACUGGAACACGAUAGACUGGUUAAAGAGGCAGAGAGUUUAAAGAUACGUUUAGAGGAUGAACGGCAAAAGCUAAAUGAUGUUACUCUUGCCAGUGUAGCUGAUCGGUUGGAAGGAAUAAAUUGCAUAAAUGUAAAACCUCGACGUGUUUUAAAAGGCCAUCAGGCAAAAGUUCUUUGUUCUGAUUGGUCUCCUGAUAAGCGUCAUAUUGUUUCUUCUUCUCAGGAUGGCAAAAUGAUAAUAUGGGAUGCUUUUACAACAAAUAAGGAACAUGCAGUUACAAUGCCUACGAUAUGGGUAAUGGCAUGUGCUUAUGCUCCUAGUGGUAUUUUAGUAGCAUGCGGGGGAUUAGACAACAAAGUAACAGUUUAUCCUUUAAGUUUAGAAGAUGAUGUUACAACUCGUAAAAAAACUGUUGGAACUCACACAUCGUACAUGUCAUGUUGUGCAUUUCCGAAUAGCGAUCAACAAAUUUUAACAGGAAGCGGUGAUAGUACAUGUGCUUUAUGGGACGUUGAAAGUGGUCAAUUGCUUCAAAGUUUUCAUGGACAUUCUAGCGAUGUUAUGUCAAUUGAUUUAGCACCAAGUGAAACGGGCAACACGUUUGUAUCGGGUAGUUGCGACAAAAUGGUUCUAAUUUGGGAUAUGCGUAGUGGACAAUGUGUUCAAAGCUUUGAAGGACAUCAGUCCGAUGUUAAUUCGGUAAGAUUUCAUCCAAGUGGCGAUGCAGUAGCAACAGGUUCCGAUGAUGCUACCUGCCGACUUUUUGAUUUACGCGCUGAUAAAGAAGUAGCCAUUUAUGCGAAAGAAAGUAUCAUAUUUGGAGCAAAUACAAUAGAUCUUAGUGUUAGUGGACGUUUAUUGUUUGCUGGGUAUAAUGAUUAUACAGUAAAUAUAUGGGAUACUUUAAAGUGCCAAAGAGUAGCACUUUUAUAUGGACACGACAAUCGUGUGUCUUGUUUAAGAGUUUCGCCGGAUGGUACUGCAGUUUCAACUGGAAGUUGGGAUUCGACGCUACGCGUUUGGGCUUAGAUUUAAAUUUAAUCUCUCUUUCCUAAUGCCUAUUGGUACACCUCAAAACAUAUAUUCCAUACACAAGCCUUAUGUUAAUUAUGGCGAAAUGGAAGGAGGUACUGUUAUGAUCAUAUAUGUAUUAGCAUGCAAUUGAAAUUUAAGUAAUUGUCAUUUAAUCGUUAGAUAGUUACAAAUAUAUCAUAUAGUUGAUCAUUCAAAAAUUAUGUUAGGCUGGCCCUAAUUUAUAUAGAAUAUGAAAAAAGAAAAAUAAAGAGAUUUAUUUCAUUGAUUGUUGUAUAAACUGUUACACGCAUAAUAUGUGAAAUAAAAUAAAGAUUAGAUUAAUGAAAUUUAUGUUACCUUGGUAAUGUUCAAUUCAAGAUGAACUCUUGAAAUACCUAAGAAUAAAGAUAAGGUAAAAUAGUAAAAAGCGUAUUUACCGCGCACCA